UAGACAUUCAUUUAUUUUAAAUCCUAUUCGAAAUUAAUAUGCGAAUGUUUAGAUGCUAUUUAUGUAUUUAAAUUUAAAUGAUUUAAAGACUUCUACUACGUUAAAUAUGUAUAUAUAGAACCUUAGUUGUAAUUCGUUAUAGUUUUUAUAAAUAUAUAUAUUUGGCGUUUAUAUUCUGUAACUGCCUGUAACUGAGGACAAAGUUCAAAUGUUUGAAUUUUAACAAAACAUUUGCAUUUUACAUACAUACAUAUUAUUUCACAGUGUUAUGUAUUUUUAGGUAUAUAUAUUAUGCAUUGAUAUUAUUAUAUAUAACAAAAUUAAUAAUGCAUAUUGCACGGUUUAAUGAUUUGCUGCGUUGCAGUUCUUAUAAAUUUUGUUAUUGUACAUUAUCAACUCAGGUGUUGUCAGAUUUUCCAAAAACUUUUAAUCAUAAAGAUGCUGAACAUAAAUGGUAUCAAAUUUGGGAAAAAAAUAACUAUUUCACUGUUAAAAACAAUGAGAAAGAAGCAUUAAAAAUGCUUUUACCUCCACCUAAUAUAACUGGUACAUUGCAUUUAGGGCAUGCAUUAACUGUCAUAGUUCAAGAUGUAUUAGCAAGAUGGUACAGAAUGAGGGGUUAUCCUGUUGUAUGGAUACCAGGUUUUGAUCAUGCUGGAAUUGCAACACAAAUGAUGGUAGAGAAAUAUCUUUCAAAAACAAAAGGUAUCUCUAAAUCAGAUAUUGGAAGAGAACAAUUUCUUUCAUAUAUUUGGCAAUGGAAAUAUGAUAAAGAAGAUGUAAUAAAAUCUCAGAUAAAAGCUUUAGGUGCUAGCUUGGAUUGGUCCAGAGAGUAUUUCACAAUGAGUAAAGAUCAUACUAAUGCUGUAAUAGAAGCAUUUGUAACAUUAAAUGAGCGAAAUUUGUUAUAUAGGAAAAAAGAUUUGAUUAAUUGGUCUCCUACUUUACAUAGUGCAAUAUCUGAUAUUGAAGUAGAACGAUUAUAUAUUAGUAAAAAAACACAGCUUCAGGUUCCAGGAUAUGAAAAGAAAAUAACAUUUGGUGAAAUAGCACAUAUAGCUUAUCCAGUGAUAGAUUCAAAACAUGAAAUAAUAGUUGCUACAACUAGACCAGAAACUGUAUUUGGUGAUGUAGCAAUUGCUGUUCAUCCAGAUGAUGAAAGAUAUACAGAAUAUAUUGGAAAACAAGUUUGGCAUUCUUUAAGAGAAACCUUAGUACCUAUUAUUUCUGACCCCUUGGUUGACAAAGAAUUUGGCACAGGAGCUGUGAAAAUAACACCAGCACAUGAUCAGUUGGAUUAUGAGAUUGCAACAAACCAUGGGUUAGAUAUCAUUGAAGUUAUUGAUGAGUAUGGAAACAUAACGAAUGCAGGCAAACAGUUUAAGGGUUUACCGAGAUUUAUUGCACGAGAGAAAGUUUUAAAUGAACUAUCAAAUAAAGGUUUUUUAAGAAGUGUAAGAGAACAUGAAAUGAAUAUACCGAUAUGUUCGCGAUCCCAUGAUAUUGUAGAAUGUAUGUUGAAAGAACAGUGGUUUAUCAAAUGUAAAAGUAUGGCUCAUAAAGCACUACACGCUGUAAAGCAAGGUCAUUUAAAUAUAAUUCCUACUACUCAUGAACAGAUAUGGUACGAUUAUCUUAAUAACAUUAGAGAUUGGUGUAUUUCAAGACAAACAUGGUGGGGACACUCUAUUCCUGCUUAUUAUAUUGAAGUGGGAGAUAAAAUUGAAUGGAUUGUUGCUCGAACUGAAGAUGACGCACGCAUCAUUGUACGAAAGAAGUAUGGAUCUGAUGUUCAAUUACACAAAGAUCCAGAUGUAUUAGAUACUUGGUUUUCUUCUGGAAUUCUUCCCUUUACAGUAUUGGGAUGGCCAAAGGAGACAGAAGAUUUUAAACAAUAUUAUCCUCUAACGUUAUUAGAAACAGGAUAUGAUAUUCUUUUCUUCUGGGUUGCAAGAAUGGUCAUGUUAGGAUUGGAACUGACUAAUCGACUACCAUUUAAUGAAGUUCUACUGCAUGGACUUUUAUGUGAUGCUUAUGGAAAGAAAAUGUCUAAAACAUUGGGAAAUAUUGUUUCUCCCGAAAAUGUUAUCAAUGGCAUUACUCUAAAUGAUCUUACUGCACAAAUGAAAAAAAGUUAUAACAUGGGUAUUGUUAAUGAAACGAUACUGCGCCGAAUGUUGAGUGCAAACAAAAAAAUGUUUCCUAAUGGUAUACCAGAAUGUGGUGCAGAUGCAUUGCGUAUGACUCUGUGUAGUCAUAACAUUAAAAAUCAACACAUUAAUUUCGAUAUAAUGGAGUGCCAAACGAACAAAUUUUUUUCCAACAAAAUUUGGCAAGCAAGCAAAUAUAUUUUACUUAUGACAAGUGAAAAAAAAUACCAAGAACCGAAGAGUAUGACAGUUAUUGAUCGUUGGAUUUUAAGUCGAUUAUCUUUAAUGGUGACCACAGUUAAUGAUACACUUCUGCAACGAAAUUUCCAUAAAACUGUCGCGGCAUUGAAACAGUUUCUAUAUUAUGAAUUUUGUGACUUUUACUUGGAAGCAACUAAAUGGGGAUUUAGAGAUGAGAAUGAAAAUACUGAUAUAAGUCAUACAUACGGCUUAAGAACAUGCUUAGAGAUAUUUUUACGUGCAUUUGCCCCUAUAAUGCCAUACUUAUCUGAUGAUUUGUAUAAUCAAUUAUCAAAUAAGUUACCUGAAUUUUUAUCAGUUCCAUCACUGAUGGAAGCGUCAUAUCCAAUGCCAGAACAGUUUAACAAAUGGAGAGAUGUCACUCUGGACGAAAGAAUAAACGAAGUUUUAAAAAUGAUCUUAGAAAUUAGAAGCUUUAUGGGUAACAUUAAUAAAAAGAUGAAUCCAGAAGUUCACGUUGUAAUUAAUCAAUCUGAAGAUUUUACUUUGUAUAAUGAUACCAUAAAUUUAAUUAAAGCUGGAAGCAAAGUUUCAAAUAUUUCAGUAUUCCCAGAAAAUAGUUAUACACAAACCAACAGUAGUGUGUGUUAUCCAUUUACUUGCAACUGUACAUUGUUUAUUACUGCACAAGAUCCUUCAGUUUUAAAGCAAAUUGAACAAAAUAUUUCACGCAAGACCCAAAUUUCCAAAGAAGUGUAAAUAAAUUGUAGAAAAGUA